UCUUUUCCCCUCCACAAAAAGAAAACCAGAAAAGCUUGAAGAGCAGUGAAGAUGAGAAUGAUCAAGGUACUUCCAUUACCAUGUCCAACAUACCUAUAUCUUCACAAAAUCGAAGCUUCCACUUCUUCAACCCACAAAUCAAGAAGAGCUUUUUCUCUUUCUGCACUCACUAUUUCACUCUCUGCUCUUGUUUUCUCUAGUGGAAAUGCACCCACUACUUCAAUUUCUUGGGCCAAUCCUCAAGUUCCAAAAUUCUUGGACCUCCCUAAUUCUGGAGGUGUCAAGGCCUUGGACCUUCGUGUUGGUGAUGGAGAAACCCCCAUUGAUGGUGACUUGGUUGCAAUUCAUUAUUACGGGAGGCUUGCUGCAAAGCAAGGAUGGCGUUUUGACUCGACGUACGAUCACAAGGAUGAAACUGGUGAACCAAUUCCUUUUUCUUUUGUCCUUGGUUCGGGCAAAGUUAUAUCAGGGAUUGAAACUGCUGUGAAAUCGAUGAAAGUAGGCGGCCUUCGCCGAGUUAUUAUCCCACCAUCUCAAGGAUAUCAGAAUACAUCCCAAGAACCCCUGCCACCUAAUUAUUUCGAUCGGCAAAGACUUUUUACUACCAUUUUCAACCCAACCCGUCUUGCAAAUGGAGAAGGCGCAACAUUGGGGACAGUCAUAUUUGAUAUUGAAUUGGUCAGCCUGAGGCAUCUCUGAUCUCAGAUCAUUUAGCAGCCAUGUUUCUCCACUUUACUGGAGUAUGGAGCAAUUGUUGUCAGUUCGAUGACGAUGGAAGGUUUACAGAUGAUGAAAUAGUGUUUAGCUAAAGAAGCCUCAGUGAAGAGUUUGGUCCUAUGAUGUACCAAAUUGCCAUAUAAACAAAGGCAAAGGGGGAGAGCGCUUGAGGGAGUUUUUACAACUCUUUAGACGAAAUAAUACAUGUAUAUAUGUUCAUUCAACUUGAUGCAGACUUAAAAGAAAGUAAAAUAAAAUUUCUGAAUCUUGUGAUCUUACAUUAACGAUUUUGUAAUUUUCUCUUAUUGGUCUAUCAUUUUGAUCUUUUUGUAUAAGAUUUAGUUAACGAUUAAAUCAAUAACCCAAAUUAGAUUAUACUA